GUGCAUUUCAUCUUUCUUUCACAUUCUACCGGCGACAUUUUGAACGAUACUGCGCAGAGAUUUCAAUUUAAAUAACUGCGCAAAUUAGAAAGAAGUACUGGGGACUAAGUGUAAGAAAUGAAACAUACACGCUGUAUAACCGUGAAUAACCCUCAAAUACUGAAAAAAUAAAUAUUUAAUUGAAUUGAAAAAUACAGUAACUAGUUAUAACAUUUUUGAAUUACAUUUACUUACCUAUUGUUGUUCUUCAAAAUUUUUCUAUACAUUUGAUGGCCAACGAUGAAGCAAAUCAAGCGGAAGAAUGUUAAAUAUUUAAGUAAACGUCAACAACUGCGGAGAAUAAGAGAACAAAUUAUAUUAAAUCGAAAUUUUACAAAUUAUGAAUUAUCAUAUAUGGGUGAACUACCAAAUUCUCAAUCUAGUCUUUCAAAUUUAAAUCCAAUAGUUGUAAAACAUCAAAAUAAUGCAAACGCUUACCUAAAUUUUGGAGCAAGAGAUAGUAUCCAACCCGAGCCGCCAACAACACCAAUUAUUGAGCAUUUGAUAAAUAAAACGAGCAAAGCCAAUAUUAAUAAUAAUAAUAAUAAUAAUAAUAAUAAUAAUAAUAAUAAUAAUAAUAAUAAUAAUAAUAAUAAUAAUUAUGAUAAUAAUAAUAAUAAUAAUUUGGUUUAUAACUAUACUUCACACAAUCAUUAUAUUAGUAAUCUUACCAGGAACGAUUGUAUGAAAUCUGAUCUAGCUAAAUGUUUUAUUAAAAAUAAUAUUAAUAGUUUACAGGGUAAUGCAAUAUUAAAAAUUUUUCGUCGUCAUCCUUGCUUUCAUAAUCUGCCAAAAACAACUCAUACUUUAUUAGCUACUCCUACGGAAAAAGUUGUUGUUUAUGAAAUGGACCCAGGGGAGUAUGUUCUUAUUGGAAUUGCUGCUGCACUUGAUAAGAUAUUGUUAGAUUAUCAUGAAAUGCCCAUUCAUUUAAUAUGUGAUGUCAGUACUAAUGGGGCUUCUGCUGAUAAUCAGCAAUUAUAUCAGUAUUAUCCUUUGCAAAUGAAAGUAGUAAACUUACCGAAUAGUUUACCUGUAAUUGUAGGAUUAUAUCGCGGGAAAGCUAAGCCUAAUGAUGGUGAAAGUUUAUUUAAACAUUUAAUUGACGACUUUAAUGAUAUAAAAAAAAAAGGAGGAGUUGAUUUUCUGGGAAAUUUAAUUCCAAUUACGUUACGUAACUUCAUUGCUGAUGCACCAGCUAAAGCUUUCAUAUUAAACCAUUACGGACACAUGUCUUAUUAUCCCUGUUCUAAAUGCAAGGUCAAAGGAACUUAUACCGACCACCGUAUGUGUUUUCUUGGCACCGAUUACACUCCGCGAAUCGAUGACGAAUACAUCAAUCGUACCAAUAAAAACCAUUGUAAGCCUGGGAACUCUGCUUUAACGAAAUUGGGUAUAAAUCCAGUAUCAAAUGUACCUUUUGAAUACAUGCAUCUGGUAUUAUUGGGAACCAUGAAAAGAUUAAUUGAAGCUUGGAUUAAUGGAAAAUUUCCUGGUUUUCCUAAGCUAGAUGAGAGACCUCAGCAAAUAUUAAACUCAAAAUUAGAGUCUCUAGAUAACUGGUGCCCUGUAGAAUUCGCUCGACGUCCUUGUACCAUUUUCCGGUUUAUCCAUUAUAAAGCAACUGAGUUCCGACAUUUUCUUCUUUAUACAGGACCUUGCGUUUUAUCUGAUAUUCUUCCAGAUGAAUAUUACUCACAUUUUUUACUGUUGCACGCAGCGAUUCGUAUUCUUGUUUCUCCAUCUUUUUCAGAGGAACAGUUGAUGUUUGCAGAAAAUGCUCUAAAAUAGUUUGUAAUUAACGCAGAAAUGUUGUAUGGCAAAUCAUUUGUGAGUUAUAAUGCUCAUGGGUUAGUACAUUUAGUACAGGAUGUGCGCAGAUUUGGUCCUUUAGAUUCCUUUUCUGCUUUUCCUUAUGAAAAUAAUAUACCUGUAAUAGAACAAUUGAUUCAUAGUCAUAAUCGACCGUUACAGCAGUUCGUACUAAGAUUUCAAGAAAGGAAAAGAAACAAUUUUAGCCAAAAUCGACAACGGAAGGAAUCGCUACAUGCGUGGGGACAUCAUGAAAAUGGACCGAUUCCUAUUGGCUAUCACUCCAAUCAAUCAUCCAAUAUUCGAAAAUUAAAUUUAGUUCUUUCACGUUCUCUCGAGAACAAAAAAACAAUUGUUGUCUUUUGAAUGACGGAUGUUUGUGCGUAAUUAUAAAUAUUGUGUUCCAUCUCAAUACUUAUUAUCUACUGGUACAAACUUACCGGCAAAUAGAAAGGGCAUACGAUUGUGGAAUAACAUCUGAUAAACUUGGUUUUUAUGUUUGCUCUGAUUUAUGAACAGACUCUAAAAUCGUCCCUAUUGAUGCAUUCCUAAAGAAGUGCUAUCAAAUGCCGUUUUUUAAAGAUACUUCCCUUAAUGAUGCUUGUUAUCUAGCAACCUUACUUCAUCAAUGAAAUUUCUUCCAACCCAGGUUUAGAAAUCCGAUU